UUUAAUUUCCGACGCGGUUAAGAAACUUAACGAGACAGGCGAUCUUAGAAACUUGUUCUCUAGUUUUGGAAAAAUCCUUCGGUCGUGUACAGAGAGACUCUCAUAGAUGAUUCGAGCACCACGGUAUCAUUCUCCUGAUUCUGAUUCUCCUCUCGCGGGAAGACGCGUUCGUCGCGCGUGGCAUGCGUGACGAGACGAGAUCGACCGAUCGCGAUGCUCGCGCGCGGAGCAACAACAGAAUACGCAGGUUGCUGCUGUCGGAGUAUCGGGAGUUCGCGUCCGAGACGAUUCUGGUCGAGUCGCCGUUCGCGGAAACCACCAGAAACGGAUGCGGACUCCGUCAGGUCACUCUGGCCCUCACGCCGACCAGGCUGAUCGUCGCCGCCGACAUUCUCCGAACGAAUCCCGACUUCUUCUGUCCGCCCGGUAUCGACGUCGGCAUCGAGAGCUUUGAACUCGUGUCCGUGUAUCCUCUGGAGUACGUGACGCUCAGCGUGUUCAGGAGACGUCGUCGCAGGACUCUAAAGGCAAGAUUUACCGACGGUCGCGCUAAUUAUUACGAACUCGGCGGCCCGCGUCGUAAGAUCUUCUGGAGAAUAUGGUGCGAACAAGUGCGGGGAUUGCUGGCCCGCCGAAUGGACGGUGGUAGCUCGUUGUCCGAAACGACGGCCGCGAGUUCGUCGAGCAGCAGCACGUUGUAUUUGUUGUCGUCGGAAAUCGAGAUUUAUCGCAAUCGCGACGCGAGACGCGGGAAACCGAUACUCAGAAUAUGGAAACACUACGGAGGCGCCGGCGAUUACGUCGCUCCUCCUUCGUGGACCGAGAAGGAUCUGUAUCUCGGUCCGACUUACAACGAGUUGAUGGACGGCCGUUACACGCCGGUCCCGGUGAGAUUCGCCGGGGGAAGUUUGCAGGACGUCAGGUACGAGCUGGAUGAUCGCACGCCGUCUUACAUCGCGCGCAAGAAAUCCUCCUGUCGCAGCUGGCCGUGCCGGAAGUACGACGGCCGGCCGGAAUUGCAACGCACCGGCGGACUCUGCGACGUGCUCUACAGAAGACACCUCAACGCGCAUCGACGGGACUACACGGCGAGCUACAGAAGUUCGCCCUGCAACAUUUGUCAGCUAGACGAGACCGUUGGCGUUAAUCUCAGAAAGCACAGCCGAUGUCGCGAGCAUAAGAAUACGUUCUCCGAAGAGGAGUUUGUAGAGCACGUGGAGAGGAAGUACGGAAAUCGCCAGGGAUCAAAAGCGUCGCCGACGUCGAAGAUAUCGCGUUUCGGUCUGGGCGUGCCGGAGAAGUGCGACUCCGAGUUGAUUCUGGGCCCGUAUCCCAAGGAUUCGAGCUACGGCGCUUCCGAGUUCGCGCACCGCUUCCUCGAUCCCCGCGAGUUGCUCGAGAGCGGAGUGACCGUUUGGGAAAAUCGUCGCAGGUCCUCGACGAGUCGUCGUAGGCAUCUGCGCAGAUACGCGCUCACCUCGGCGGCGCAUUUUCUUCACGCGCUCGGACCGUGGUCGGUCCAGCCCGGCGAACGCGAGUCCGUGCAGACGCUGCGAUCGCCGAGCGCGGUGAACAUUCGCCGACAACCAGCGGACGCGGAGCUGAAGCUUCCGGUGUCGCGCCGUCAGCUGACGGCCAGCGUUUCCUGCGCGGCUCUGACUUCCGCCGGUUCCAGCAUCGUCGGCACCGUCACGAGAGGACGGGUGAUACUUUUCUGGACGCCGGAAUAUUGGUACAGGCCCCAGGCAGCCGCGGUUGCUUACAGGUGA